GGCACCAAGAGUUAGACGCAUGCCGGGGCUUCUUCCGGUGCCGUUAAACAAUAUUAGCCUUACAACCAUAGUUUUGUGUUUUUACUGUUAAAACAAUAUCAGCUAUGGAUAUUCUGGGAGGAGAGUUUGGUGACAUGACUCCCCAAGAGUUGGCGGCUCCUGUCAACACUGUAACGGUGAGUUUAAAAGGAAAAUGAAGCAAAGGUUCACACCACGAGUACAGACAGGCUAGCACAGAGGCUAACAGCAGAAGCAAACAUCAGCCUGCAGGUAGAGCCUCAAAGCCUCUUUAGUCUGUUUGCUGUUUAUUUCGUGUAACUGAUAGACUUAAAGCCUCAAAUUAAUUCAGGUUUGACCAGAGGAAGCUUCCUGGCUGUGUUGUUCGUAAACUCUCCUUGUUGGUUGAUCAUAAAAUCCAUUAAACAAUCAAUAUAAAAAGUCAGUUUUGUGUUAAUUUACAUAUUUUUCUCUUGACAGGAAAAAUGGAAACUGCUGCCAGCCUUUCUGAAGGUAACAGGACAAAAUACACCUACUUUUGUACAUUUAACACAAUGAUAAAAUGAAAUACCUGAGAAGUACAAACAAAAACUUUGAACUGUAAAAGUAACAGGAUGAUUUCUCUUCUUUGCUGCAUUAAAUAAGAAAGUGGAAAUGAGGACCUCUGUCACAUCAAUCACAGAUUAUAUUGUUAAUCAUAGACAUGUUUUGUUUAUACAUACGUAUAGAGUUUCCAUAAAGAAAAGAGAUUAAAUUUAAAAUUACAGUUAUUUUCACUGCUUACAGUUUUUAUCUUUAUCUGGCCCUUUGAGUAAAAAUUUAUCGAUUAGUAAAACUAAUAAAUCAAAUCUAACCAGCUCCACCUACACACAUUUUUUAUGUCUGUGAUUUUGAGCUGUUUUGGUCUCCGUUUUCCAGGUGAAAGGACUGGUGAAGCAGCACAUUGACUCUUUCAACUAUUUCAUCAAUGUGGAGGUAAAACGUGAUCUAUCAGUGUGAUGUUGCAGGUGUUUCAACUGUGUCUUAAUGUCAAAAUCUUUUCUUGUUUUUCAGAUUAAAAAAAUAAUGAAAGCAAACGAGAAGAUCACAAGCGAUGCUGAUCCAAUGUGGUACCUCAAGUAAGUCAGUUUAAUCUUACACUGAUUAUUCUCACAGAUGGGGGAGCUUUACGAAUUUAGAUUUGAGUUUAAGUGCUUUUUUAUUUGACUUUCAGAUACCUCAAUAUCUAUGUGGGCAUGCCCGAUGUUGAAGAAAGCUUCAAUGUAACCAGACCAGUAUCUCCUCAUGAGGUAAGCUGCCUUUGUUGAGCAACAUCAAAAGAUAUGAGACCAUUAAAAAAAUAAAUAUAAAUGCUGCCAUUUAACUGUUUUUCCUGUCAGAUAAAAAAAACAGCCUCAAUUUUAAAAAGCAAAGAAGCAGAAUUAAAUAAAUGAAUAAACAUAUGCUGGUUGAAACUUCUCAAAUAAAACAUUUUGGUGUGAUUUUGAUUUCUUUUAAUGACUGUGUGAUUUUAAUUAGUUGAUCUGACCAAAAAAAGUGUUGUGAAGACAUCACUGCCGAGUUUACAAAAGUUACAAUAAAUGAAAAGUGAUUUCUUUUUGCAACUGUUUGAUUGAACCUUAAAUUGGUUCUUUAAAUUAGAUAUUGAUGAACUGAUUUUAAAACAUUUGAUCUUAAGUCACACUAGUUAAAACGGUCAUAUAAUAAAUUAUUUUAAACAGUACAUUUAAAAAAAAUAACACAAUGGCGUAGAAAAAAAGGCCCUGAACAUUUCUCCUUGUUGUGAUUCAGCUUAUUUCUCCUCUUUGACUCCACAGUGUCGUCUCAGGGACAUGACGUACUCCGCGCCCAUCACAGUGGACAUAGAGUACACUCGUGGCAGCCAGAGAAUAAUCCGUAAUGCUCUGCCCAUUGGAAGGUAUCAUAGUUGGUCUUUUGUAUCUUUCAGGGUAAAAUCCUGCCUGGUAAACUCAUGGUCUGGAUUUAAUGUUAACAAAUCAUUUCUGUGCUCCACUUUAGAUAAGUUCUUUGGCUCAUUAAUCAGGUUGAUUAAUGGCAGGGUGAAAUAAUCAGCAUCAGCGCUCACAUUGCUGCUCGUACCAUUACCUUUUUGAAAUUAUAACAUAUUUUCCCAUCCUAAAUGACAGCGUUAUAUAUCUAAACCAGUUUCUGGAUAGUUAUUAAAAUAAAUCCUGUAAUUAUGUAUAAAAUACUGCUAUAUGAUAAUGCUGCUGACACAGAUAUCAGUCAUGUUCUGAAAUAAAUAACAAAGUCAAAUAUUUUUCUGUCUACAUUUAUUAGAGAAAAUACUGUGUCAACUUAAACAAUUCUUGAUUUGUCAUUUUUACUAAAUUCUUGUGUUUUAUGAACUGAUAUCUGCGUGAUAUUUUGGCUAUUGACUGGCCUGCUCUUUCACAAUCCGCAUCAGCACUGGCCACUGAAUAACACAAUAUCAGUCAUCUGCUUCACUAAAUAAUGUUAUUUAUUGUGCAUGUAUGUUGCUCACCUUCUCAUAUCCUCUCUUAGGAUGCCGAUCAUGCUGCGAAGCUCAAACUGUGUUCUCACAGGAAAGACACCCAUGGAGUUUUCAAAACUCAAUGAAUGCCCUUUGGAUCCAGGUACAUGAAGGAUGACACAGCAAAAAAAAAGUGAUACUGAUUCUGAGUCAGAAACUGGUUUUCUUACUAACCUUUAUCGUCUCUCAAUUCUCCAUAGGGGGUUAUUUUAUUGUGAAAGGUCAGGAGAAAGUCAUUCUGAUCCAAGAGCAGCUGUCCAAGAAUCGAAUCAUUGUGGAGCAGGACAGGAAGGGGGCGGUUGGAGCUUCAGUCACCAGGUACUCUUAACAGUUCACGUGCAUUAACAGAGCUCUAAAAAGGCAUUUUGUUGUUUUUUAAUAUUUUUGCCACCUGUAGAUCAGGAAAGAAAUUGAAAAUAUUCUAUAUUUAUUUAAGAAAAAAAUAAUUGCAAGAAAAACUAAAAAAAAAAAAAAAAGAGGUAAAUGUCUUGUCUGUGUUUUUUUAACUCUCUCUUUAACUGUCUUCUUCUUCACUUGCUUUGUGUUUUUUCCAGCUCCACUCAUGAGAAAAAAAGCAGAACUAAUAUGAUUGUCAAACAAGGCAGAUUCUACCUUAGGCACAACACGCUGUCAGAGGAUGCUCCUAUUGCCAUAAUAUUCAAGGUAAACAAGACAUUAGUGAUGAAUUUGACAGAGCACAGUUAUACCUCUCAGCCAGUAGAGGGUGCUGUAAGACUGCAAGCUCAAAGUGGACAGAGCUGCUUUAAUAUCGCUGCCUCAGAUUCAUUGGUACAGAUUUUUUUCUAAAAUGCACGAAGUUGUGUGUGUUUUGUGAGGUUUUUUUUGUUGUUUGUUUUUGCAGGUAAGGUGUACUGUUGGAGUAGCACAGUUUCAGUUGCUCUUCAUGAGAUUCAUUUGUUUCCUUCUGCUCUAAAUGAAAAUGUCAGUCAGCCAGCUGGCAUCAUUAACUUCUUUCCCCUCCGAGGACAAGUCUCUUCAAACAUGUCAGCUUCCGAGCACUGAGUGUUUUGAUCUGGAGUCAAUAUCCACAGGACUGAGUUUAUCCGCUCGCUCUGUUUGCUGUGCACUUCUAUAUCCUGGAUGACUUCUUCCUUGACUUGACAGCAGCUGCAGGAAAAAAAUAUCAGCUCCAGUUUGGUACAGACAAUUCAGUUCCCACAGCCUUGAAUUUCCAUAAGCAAAUGUCAGACAACCCUAUGACUCCCAGUUCAUCCUUGCCCUCCUUGUAGACACACCUCAACCCCCCCCCUCAUGCCUCCUGGCUCACCUUUUGUUCAAGUUACAUGCACUGAGACAUCUUGUACAGGGUUAAUAAACAAAAUAUGUGAAUUUCAUUUGUGUCCCUUUUAAACUCUGACCAUCCUCUCCUCUUGCUAUCAGAUCACACCACACACUCUGUGCUUCUUGUUCUCUCAGGGUAUGGGCGUCGAGAGUGAUCAGGAGAUUGUGCAGAUGAUCGGGACAGAGGAGCAUGUCAUGGCCAGCUUUGCCCCGAGCCUGGAGGAGUGUCAGAAGGCCCAGAUCUUCACACAGACUCAGGUACCUCAGUGGUCAAUGUGUUCCAGAGCUGAGGGGUGUGGUUAAAAAUGUUCGUAGAGCAUCAAUAGUUAACUGAUUUUGCGGGUUAAAUGUAGUUUAUUAGGGAAAGGGAAUCCUCAUCAGGUCUAUAAGAUAUCUGAAUUUAUCAGCAAGCUGUGUAGGCUUUGUUCAUGCUCUCUCUGAGAUAUAAACAUCGUGGUUGAAAAGGAAACUUCUGAUUAUAAAACCAAGAGGAAAUCCUCAGAGAUGCAUAAUUAUAGAAGUGUACAGUAGAAUAAGACUUGAUCAGAAAAGAUUUUUUAGGAGUUAACAAACACCUAAAGAAGUCUUCAUCCAGCCUUAAUAUGCCUGUUAAGUGAGUCUGAAGAGCAGAGUUUUGUUGUGACACAGAAACAUGUGACGGCCUGUUGACAGAGGGUAUUUUCUUUGUCAUCAGAUGACUAAGAUUUUGUCUCUCCAGCCAGUUAAGUAAUGCUUUUCAUGUGUAGUUUAAGAGGCCCGCCUGUUUUCUUUGACAUCUACAGAUGGAUGCAAUUGGCCAAUUUGUUUUUCAUAAAGAUAAUGUUGUUAGAGGAACGACUGAUGCAUUGAUGAGGCCACAUUUGCUUCCUAGCAACCGGCCGCGCAGCUCUCAUGUUCGUCUGUCUGACGGCCUCCAUGAUGUCUUUUCAUGGUAUUCAUUAGGUGGUUGUAUUGAGCACUGUGAGGCCUAAACCUAUAUAAUGAAAGGCCGAUGAGGCUUAAGACACAUUGUUGCAAGAUCCUGAGAAGUAAUCUGCAUUUACCAAAUUUAACUGUCAUCUUUUUUCUGUUCAUAUGAGCGGAGUCACAACAGCACAUGAUCAAAUAGAUCAUUUUCAUAUCACUAGAUCAGACCUUUACUUUUUGAUCAGGUUCAACAUUUUCAAGUCUAUAGUUUUUUUAUUUAACAUGCCUAAGAGGGUGGGUGGUCUUCAGCCUCAUUAACCUUUGACCUCUCUCAUUGUCAUGAAGAGGGCUGCAGUUGCAGAUAUACUCAGGUGUGCGUUGUCAGUGUGUGUAUGUGAUAAAUGCAUCAUCCUCUCUACAAAAAUUUCACAUAAUUCAAACAAUUUGUUAAAAUUAUUUAUUUCAGACACUUGAAAUGAAGCAGUUUAUAAACACUUUUACCUUUAAAACUCAUAACCCUUCAACACAGUUUACAGAAGUUUACAAUUGCCUGUUGCAAAAAUAAUGAUUUGAUUUGGGAAUCUCGUCUCAGCACACUAUUAAACUUUGUUGCGUCUCACAAUUGUGCAUUACUCACUUUAACUUCUCAUUUUCUCUUUUUUUUGUUGUUGCUUUUGUCUUGUAAUAAACAAAUCAAAAUACAGAAAAUUUAGUGUUUCAAAUUAAAAACAUUAAAAAUUUUAAAUGUCCAGUUUUCUUGAGUUAAAUCUUAGUUAGAGACUUUCUUAUUCAGCAGUUUAUUAAUCACUAAGAAAAAAGGGAAUAGCAUGUGUGACAUAAUAAUAACCCAAUAGCUCUAUUAAAAUGUGUUAAUUUGCUAUAACAUUGUAUAAAGUCUCCCUUCCUCUAUUUUAAGCUGUCAAAAGGUCCUAAAUUAUGGUUCGGAUCAGGUGAUUAUGUGAAGAGCAGUCAUUUCUAUUUCUGUCUCAUCAACUUACACAUCAUUUUUACACUUGGUACUUUUAUUUUUCCUCAUCUUUCUCUCUCUCUCUCUCUCUCUCUCUCUCUCUCUCUCUCUCUCUCUCUCUCUUCCUUUUAUAAAUGUAUAUGUAUGUAUAAAAUUUUUCUUUAGCUGUAAGUAUAAAACUUGGAAUUAAACAUUUAAUAGAAUGAAGAGUAAAACACAAAGGGGGAGGGAAAGGCAUAAGAAAACAAAAAGACAAUUUCUUUUAUUUUGGAAAAAAAAACAAUUUUUUAAAGUUAUCAACUUCUUGUUUUAGUACAGGUGUCAGGACUCUAGUAUCAGACUGAUACUUAAAUCUAGGUCUUAAGCAGAACUGUACUCCACCCUCUGACCUCUACUGUGUCUGCUUCUCUGUUUCAGGCUCUGAGGUACCUCGGGAAUAAAGUUCGCAGACAGCGCAUGUGGGGAGGCCCCAAGAAGACCAAGAUGGAGGAGGCCAGAGAGCUUUUGGCAUCACUGAUCCUCACACAUGUGCCUGUAUGUUUUAGCCAGUUAAGAAUCAUGGGGAAUGUCUGGUAGGCGACGCAGGGUCUCAUCACGCUCUUUCUGUGUAGGUGAAGGAGUUUAACUUCCGGGCAAAGUGCAUUUACCUCGCUGUGAUGGUGCGGAGAGUGAUCCUUGCUCAAGGUGACAACAAGGUGGACGACAGAGAUUACUAUGGCAACAAACGUCUCGAAUUGGCAGGACAGGUUUGUUCACCAUGUAGUCUUAUUUACCACAUAGAUGACACCAAAACUUCUUCUCCAUCCAGUCAGUGUUUUUCAAAACGUAUCAUGUGACAUGAGCAUCUUUGUCCAUGAUGUUUUGUUUACGCUUUCACAGGAUGGCGUCAAUGAUUCUGUUUUUAUUUGGCAAAAGGGAACCUCAUUAUUCCUUUCAUUCAUUUCUCUGGACUGAAAACAUGCUUGAUGCUGGUGAAUAAUACACGUACAAGUAAAAAAUAUAAAGAGGGCUCAUAUGUUUUAGGGUUGAUCACAGCACUGAACCCGAGUACAGCGUCUGCUCCGGUCCUGAUCUCUCACCUGCAUCUUUGUUCCUGCCUCGUUCUUUUAAUAAGACUCUCAUUAUUUCCCUUCAGCUUUGUUUUUCCCUGUUUUGUUUUCAGCCCCUCCCUCCCCCCCUCUUAUUUUAGCCUGGCUUUGUCAGGAGAGAGAUAUGAGGUGGCACCAAAAUCCAGAGGCUGUGAAAGCAUGGGGAUUUUUCAGCAGCGUGACAAUAGAAUUGCUGCCUUGACUGGAGCGAUUGAGCUAAUCCGCAGGCCCGGCUCUGAUAAUGUAAUUACUGCUGUCUUAAGGCCUUUAAUUUCCCCCCCAACCUGCUCUGUAUAAGGAGCAGGAGGCAGGAGGAGGGGGGCACGGAGCCUUCUUUCAAUAGGGGGCUUACACACUAACAACGCUUGCAAUCUCCUCACUCUCCAAUUAUGGUUCCCUGACAUUCAACUAAUUGGCCUGGCUGCGCGACGGAAGCUUAAUUUCUUUAUUAAUUUCAAGCAGUGCUGCCUGUUUGUUUUGAUGUAUGCUAAUGCACAGGCUGGGUGAGGGGGUGGAGGGGUGUUGUGGGAGAGGCUGCCUCCUGUAGGCCUGGUGGUGGAGGACAGAGACCUGGGACAGAGGCCAGGUUAGGCUUAUCAGUGAGCUGCCACACCUGGUUAUUAAAGCCGACUCCUGAAUGCACCUCAGCUCUGAUUAGAGACAGGAGCAAAUGUAAGGUGUCUGAAUACCUGAAAGUCAGACUGUUUGAAAAUAAAUGAUGACUCCAGUCUGAGAAAUAUAAAUCACAUGUUUCCUUUCUCUCCUAGCUCCUGUCUCUGCUGUUUGAAGAUCUGUUUAAGAAGUUUAACUUUGAACUUAAGAAAAUCGCUGACCAGAUCAUCCCAAAGCAAAGAGCGGCUCAGUUUGAUGUCGUGAAACACAUGCGUCAGGAUCAGAUCACCAACGGCAUGGUCAAUGCCAUAUCCACAGUAAGUGAGCAAGUACAGCAGUCAAUCAAGAAAAUCAACCUGAGAGCAGGGUGAAAAAGAGUUUUCUGUCCUCAGGGCAACUGGUCUCUGAAGAGAUUCAAGAUGGAUCGCCAGGGCGUCACCCAAGUCCUGUCUCGUCUCUCCUACAUCUCGGCUCUUGGCAUGAUGACAAGGAUCUCCUCCCAGUUUGAGAAGACCAGGAAGGUCAGCGGGCCACGCUCUCUGCAGCCGUCACAGUGGGGCAUGCUGUGUCCGUCUGACACUCCUGAGGGAGAGGUGGGUGAGCUGCUGCAGCCACACCUGACCGACACAUGGAACAUCUCCACAGAGGAUGCCAUUAUUUACAAGUCACAAAAUCACUGUUCCUCACCGCCUUCAGAGGUUAAACUGUAGUUUGGUUAAAUGUAACUUCUGGAAAGCUAUAUAAAGUACACAUGGAGUAAAACUGUGGAUUAGCCAUCAAAGAUAUUCGUUCAACACCACUUCAGAUGUGUUAAAAGUUCCACCAAAGGUGUCUGAUCAGUACUGUGGACAUUUGCGGUCUGAAGCCUGGACAACUUUAUCUGUAUCCUGACUCAAGACUUGUCCAGAAAGGAAUAAAGAAAGGAAGGAAAGGAGUGAGAAAGGAGGAAAUAUAGCUAGGAGUACAAGAGGGAAUAAAGAAAGGAUGGAAAGGAGUAAGAAAGGAGGGAAUAAAGAAAGAAAGGAAAGGAGUGAAUUAAGAAAGGAAGGAAAAGAGUGCGAAAGAAGUGAAUAAAGAAAGGGAGAGAGGAAGGAAUAAAGAAAGGAAGGGAGUAAGAGAGGAGGGAAAGAAAGAAGAAAAGCAGAAAUGAAGAAAAGAAAUGAUAAAGGGAAAGAAAAAGAAACUAAAGAAGAAAAGUAAUGGGAGAAAGAGCAAAGGAAGGUAGAUGGGAAUGGAAAAAGGAUGAAAGGGGAAAAAAGAAAAGGCAGGAAAAGAGGAAGGAAAAAAUAAAGAAGGGAAGGAGGAAGAAAGGAAGGGAGAAGAGAAGAGAAAAUGAAACGAAGAAAGGUAAGAAAAAAUGAAUGAAGAAAGGGAAAAGAAAGGAAAAAGUUAGAUAAAGGAUAGAAAAGGGAAAGAAAAAGAUAAGGAAGGAAGAGUGAGAGAGAAAGUAGAAUCUCUAAGAGAGCUCUUAUACUUAAAUUGUAAAUUUUAACCUCUGAGUAUUUUUUUUGCGUCAUCAUGUUUGCCUUUUUUCUGUUUAAACCUUCAAACAUCGGUUCAUGUGUUUUCAUGAUCGUUUUCAUCCUAAGGCCUGUGGUCUCGUGAAGAACUUGGCUUUAAUGACUCACAUCACCACUGACAUGGAGGACGGUCCGAUCAUCAAGCUGGCCUUUAACCUGGGCGUAGAAGACGUCAACCUGCUGUGUGGAGAGGAGCUCUCGUAUCCGAGUGUCUUUCUCGUCUUCCUCAACGGUAAAACUCCCCCAGCCGCACCAGCAGAGCUUAAUAAAUAAACACACAGAGAAUUAACACUGGAUGCUGCUAUUUUAGAUCACUUGAAAAGAAAGUCUAAUCCUCUCUGUUUUGAAAGCAUUGCUUAUGAACAUGAAGGAAAAUAUUCUGUUUAGUUUACAGACGGUGGCAGGUUUGUAUUUUGCAUGGUGGCUGAUAAGUCAUUAAUUUCAUGGCAGCAGUAGGUAUUAUUCUUGAGUUAGAACUUGGCCCCUUAAUUACUGUAUAUGUUUGUCUUGCCACUGAUAACUGUCAAAUUAUAUUAGCUGCCAUACCAUUUAAUUAGUUGGUAGCAGCAGGUGUCAAAGCCCUUCAGAGUGCGUUCGCUGCACGUGUGCCCUCACACAGAGACAGAGCACAGUGUCUCCUCUGUUCUCCACUCGUUUGUCUGUCAGGCUAGAUAUGAACAAACCCCUGCAGGCAGUUUGAGCCCAGCUUCUACCAGGAGAGGAGGUCCAGGAUACACUCGUGCUCAGAGACUGUUACCCUUUACCUCUGUUUUUAACAUAAUCUAACACAUUUAUGUAGAGUAAGCUCCCUGGUCCUGUGGUAAGCUGAGUUAUACGCUGAAGCUUCACGAUCCUUCAUGGGUCCAACUUCAGAGGAAAGGAUCACUGUUGAUUUUGGUCACUGAGUACCUUUACAUGACACUCGAGAAAACUGAAUUAUUGCCUUACUCCAAUUAAGACCGGACAACUGAAGUGCAUGUAAACACCUUCGUCCAACUAUAAUUGGAGUUUGAGAACUCCAAUAGGAGUCUGAGAACUCCGAUUAAGACACCCAGAUAAUGCAUUUGGAAUUCGAUUUUCUCUACCAUACAACCAGUUUAGUCGGAGUAUGAUCGGCCAGUGCAUGUGUGCGUACGCCAUUCCCCCGUAACACCACAACAAAAACACCAGAGAGGAGUAGUAGCGUGCACCUCAUCUGCAGUAAAAGUAGCGUGUACAUCAUGUACGACAAAAACAACGCUGUACGAUGCUCCAUCUUCUUGCUCAAAAAUGCGCUGUAGCUGUUGUAGCCACUUCUGACAUCUGGUACAGACAUGCUGUUGUUGUUGACAGUUGUAUAGGGUGAACCAGAAACAGUGCUGCUGAAGAGACCCAUAUCGCUACCUAGUAUUGGAGAGGAGGACACGUUUACGUCAAUAAUUCGAUUUUCACAGCUUUAUGUAUACGCGGACAAGGAGAGAAGUCCGAUUCAGCAAAAAAAAAAAAUUAUGAGCUUAGUCCGAUUAAGCUGUGCAUGUAAACACGCUGACUGAUGAUGUGAAUCUUUACCUGAAUCUCUCUGUUUAACUCGAACAGGUAACAUUCUGGGUGUGAUUCGAGAUCAUCAAAAGCUGGUCAACACCUUCAGACUGAUGCGCAGGGCAGGUUUUAUCAACGAGUUUGUGUCCAUCUCAACCAACCUGACCGACCGCUGCGUCUACAUCUCCUCGGACGGAGGACGUCUCUGCAGGUGACAUGACUCAUUUAAUACAUUUGGGUAAUGCAGUAUAUUGCACAGCUGAUUUAAUUCUUAGCUGAAGCCUUUUUUUAUUCCACAUAAUCUUUUAUUGAUAACAGUAGAUGGAUUAAAAUUAACAGUAUGCCUCUUCUUGUCUUUGCCUUUGUCCUCCAUCAGGCCAUACAUCAUUGUGAAGAAGGGACAGCCGAUGGUGAAAAACAAGCACAUUGAAGACUUGUCACAGGGCUACAGGUGAGUGUCAGGAGAACUUCUCCUUAAGAUGUUUCUGGAAAGAAAAUCAAUUGUGUAACUCGCCCUGUUGACUUUUUAACUUUUCUUAUCAGAACUUUUGAAGACUUUCUCCACGAGAGUCUGGUGGAGUACCUGGAUGUCAAUGAGGAGAACGACUGUCAGAUCGCUCUUUAUGAACACAUGAUUAACAAGUGAGUGGUAGAUGAUUCACAUGACGUUUCUCCUUAAAUUGGUUCUACUUUUCUGUAUUUCUUUGAGUGUAUAUAUCUGCUUCUUCUUGUUGCAGAAACACGACACACUUGGAGAUCGAGCCCUUCACUCUCUUAGGGGUCUGUGCCGGCCUUAUUCCCUACCCCCACCACAACCAGUCCCCCAGAAACACAUACCAGUGCGCUAUGGGCAAACAGGCGAUGGGUAAGAGUCAGCUGAGCUGGUGUCUUCAGUCAGCAGAGAGGGCAUUAAACUGUGGAGAUUUCACUUCUUUCUCAAACAUCCUCCACACAGCUGCAGUAUUCACCUCCAUGCAUGCAAAUACACAAACACAGACACUGUCAGUAAUCUAAUCUUUUUUUUAAUCCUUUUUAAAUCUGCUGGUUCAGAGUUUACAGUUUUAUUUGUAUAAGUUGAAAUCAUACAAAGCACAUUAGAAUAACAAACACUGUAGAUACAAGCAGCCUGCUGGUUAGUCUCCCCCCAAAACCCUGCUCCUGUUCUACUUCAUGUCAGAAUACAUUUGUAUAUGUGAUUGAGUGUUUUUCUUAUGUGUGUGUGUCGGUGUGUGUGUGUGUGUAUGCGCAUGGACAUCAAACAUGGGGCGCUUGCGUAGGUUCUCUAUUGUGCAGUGUGUGUGCGGAGGCCCUUUCCCUGCCAGUCACCCAGAGUGUCAUUAGCAAUUCAUUGUGUCUGCUCUGGCUGUGCUCAGGGGGUCAGUGUGCUCAGCUGCGAAAGACCACAGAGUGUGCACCCGAAACUCCUUGGUAACCAAAACUUCCCCAAACAGCCCUGCUAACAUUCGUAGGAGCCCCCCACCCCACCGUUUUACCUCCAUCCGCCCCCUCCCCUCCUCCCCUCCCUCCACUAUUACAAAAACACGGACUGGAACUAUAUUUGGCCCAAUAUCCUUUGCCUUGUCUGUUUUGUGUGGCCCAUUCUAUACAUGUGCAAAUCUGGUUGUGUGGCUCGGGCCUAUUAUCACAGACUUUGUGCUUGUUGCCUGAUUGUGAAGUAAUAGCAUCUGACAAAUGUCAAGGCUUCCAGGGAGGCCAGGCUUUAUGCCAUAACUCGCCCUGUUGCUCAAAUCUGCUGCAUUGAGACGAUCAUAACUGGGUCCAGGCCUGUCCCACCCACUGCACAGACGGUGGGUGGGACAAAAUAACCAUGAACCAUAGAUUAUAUUCAGACAGUCAUAUAGGUCUGAAACAAUGAUACCUACACAGUCAAAAAUCAUAGAGUGAGCUCAAAUCAAUGAUUUGGUAACACUUUAUUUGACGCCUAUGUCUAUAAUCACGUUAUAAUCACGUUAUAGCACUGUAUAACUAUAGUUAUAAACACUCAUAAAUGAUCAUAAUGCUUUAUAGCAAUAAUUAUAACACAUUAUGAAGCAUUUUAUCAUGACUUACAAGGUCAGGUAUUAUAAUGUUGACUGUUAACAACAGUUGCAUUGAAUUAUCUAUGUGGGCAUUGUCAGUGAGUUGUUAACAGUUAUAAUACAUUAUAAUACCUGACCUUGUAAGUCAUGAUAAAAUGCUUCAUAAUGUGAUAUAAUUAUUGCUGUAAAGCAUUAUGAUCAUUUAUGAGUGUUUAUAACUAUAGUUAUACAGUGCUAUAAUGUGAUUAUAACGCAUUAUACAUAUAUUUAUAAUGCAUUAUAGAGAGGCUUCAAAUACCAAUGAUUUCUUUCCCACAGGUACAAUCGGCUAUAACCAGAGGAAUCGCAUUGACACCCUGAUGUACCUGCUGGCGUAUCCUCAAAGGCCCAUGGUCAAAACAAAAACCAUCGAGAUAAUUGACUUCGAGAAGCUUCCUGCAGGUCAGAACGCCACAGUGGCCGUGAUGAGCUACAGUGGCUAUGACAUCGAGGACGCUCUGGUCCUCAACAAAGCCUCUCUGGACAGAGGUGAGAGCUGAUCGUUUGUGACGAGCAGUGUGGACUUUCAAUCCCAACUUUUGAUUUAAUCCUUCUCAAAAAGGUUUUAUUACUGUUUAUCACCUGUCAAAAUAUAAGACAUUCAGUAAGCUGCAGGUUUAUGUCUCGCUGCAGGAUUCGGCCGUUGCCUUGUUUAUAAGAACGCCAAGUGCACGCUACGACGUUACACCAACCAGACCUUUGACAAGGUGAUGGGGCCAAUGCUAGAUGCUACCACACGAAAGCCCAUCUGGAGGCACAGCAUCCUGGAUGCUGAUGGCAUCUGCUCCCCUGGUGAGUACCAUCGAAACUGGAUUUCUUUCAUUUUAUUAUGUCAUGCCAAAAACCCAACUUCAAUAAAGAAAACAAGGCAUUGUAGGUUUAAAAAGACCAUAAAUUAAAGUGGCUGCAUACAGUAAAUUAUGAUUAUUCAUCAUAUUAACGAAAUGAAAUAACUUUUAAGUUUCAAAAUUGAUCAACAACUUCACUGUUUUAAAACAAGGAUCUUUUUUCAGCACAUUUUCAGUCGAGAUGAAUCUGAGGGAUAACCUGCGAAGUAUCUUCUGCUUGUUACAGGUGAGAGAGUGGAGAAUAAACAGGUGUUAGUGAACAAAUCUAUGCCAACUGUCACCCAGACACCACUGGAGGGCAGUGCCCAGCCAGGCCAGCCCCAGUACAGAGACGUGCCCAUCAGGUGAGUCCUUUUCAGCUCCUAAAACCGCACACACACACAUCAACAUGUUCGCUGUGGCCUCAGAGUGUGUGACACUCUAGAAACACCUGUUCAGCGUCUUUAUUAAACAACAGAGAGGAAGUUACACAUCAAAAAUUCAACAUUUGUAUUUCCCGCAAACUCUCACAGGCUCUGUUCUCACUUCCUCUGCAGCUAUAAAGGCUCAACAGACUCGUACAUCGAGAAGGUGAUGAUAUCCUCAAACGCAGAAGAUGCUUUCCUCAUCAAGAUCCUCCUGAGGCAGACCAGGAGACCUGAGAUUGGGGAUAAAUUCAGCAGUCGGCACGGACAGAAAGGUGCCAACCUCAGCACUUUCACACACAGUCAUCUCGACAAAGUCCUUAAAUGUUCAGCGCAAAACCAGAUUAACAGACAUCGUACCAACAGGAUCAUACUGAUAUGCCUCUGGCCGCAAGCCUCAAAUUUGGUCAUGAGAGACUGUAAAUGACUCGGGAGGACAAAAACUUCUGUUGUCUCAUUGCUGAAGCAUUUGUUGAGUCAAGUCCCAGUGGCUGUUGCUCUGUCACUGCCCCCCUGUCCUCAUCUUUCAAGAGCUCUUUUCAAUUAAUUGGCUCUUUGUCCUGUGCCAGACUAUGCAAAUUUAUUACACCCCAGCAGUAUUCCUCCGCUACUGGGGGAAAAAGUGUUUACAACCUCCAUUGUUUUGCAGCACCUCCCCUAUAGAGGGCUGGUAUGAUGUUUUAAUCAAAAAGCUAACUGGCGCCAUGCAUAAUUUACUCUCCUCAUUAACGCUGUGGCCAUUGGGCGGUCAGCUCAGGAUGGGACAAUGUCUCCUGUCUCCGAUCGUGUCGGAGAGAGAGGGGUCGCCGUGAGGUUAGCUGGAGGAGAUCUUUGAUGGAAAGUUCCAGAUGUUCAGCCGAUGGACGGACAGUUUGAACCGCAGCUUUUUAGGUCAUUUUGAGGAGUUCGCAGUCGCUCAAGACCAAAAAAAUCCUUGUAAAACCUUUUUUCUCCCCCCUGCUGAUGUUACUUGCGCGCGUAAAUCACAUUUUCUCAUUGUACAAAUGUUUUCACAGGAAAGGUGAAUCCUACACUGAUGCUUUAUUAUUCAAUUAGAAUUCAUUUUCUCUGCAGCGACAGACCUGCAGGCUACUCAUGACUAGUCUCAUAAGUCCUGGUCAGCAGAGCAGAAUAAGUUAAUUAUUUACCGGUUGCACACACACACACACACACACACACACACACACACACACACACACACUCCCUCUCUCACAGUGGUGGGGGUGGGGGAGAGGGUGCAGGGGUAGUCAGUAGUAGGGGCCCAUUGUGCAAGCCGCCAGCGUGGAGCUCUAUGAGCUGUGAUGGAGGGCUCUGGACCCUUGCUGUUGUCUUGCCUUUCUCUGCUGAUUUCAUGCCUCUUCUAUCAUUCACUUUCACACAAAACAAACAACACCGAGGAUGUCUGCCAUGAGAACUAGUGUCUCUCUCCUUUACCUCUGACUAUUUCUGCACAUUUACUCCUCCAUUUCCUGCUUUCCUCUUCCUCUCUUUAUCUUUAUCCUGAUAUUCAAGCUUUGAACUGCCCUUUCUCCCUUUUGAUUCCCCCCUUUAUACGUUUACUCCUGGCCCGGGUGUUCUUGCCUUUUCUCCUCUCUUUUACACCUUCUUCCUGCUGUUGGAUGACUUUCCAGUAAAUCGCUGCAUUUGUUCGCAGUCAACAUCCUGUUACUACAUCCUGUCAGGCAUCAACAGUCUGCUCUGUCGCUGGCCAGUCGACUAAUAGUGAAUUUUUCCCACGUGCACGGAUUCACUUUCUCCUCUCCAGCUGAUCCUCUCCACUUCCUCCGCGUUGAACUGAAAGUCAUGGGUGUGUAAUCCCGGUCUCACUGUCAAGCUAAGCACCUUUCUCCACUUCCUGCUCUCCUUCUCUUCUCUCCUCUUUCUCUUUUUUCAUUUGCAAAUGGGUUGACAAUCUGUUUACCCUGGCCAGGGAAGAGUGCUUCGGCCCCUCAGCAAACAUUUACACUCACACUUAAACUCCUGGCUACCAGGGCGCUCGUCCCCCACGUCAUGUGAAUGAAAAGAUGAGCCUGUCUGUCCACAGGAGUAUGGAAAUGUCAGGCCCAGCCAGAGGAGCAGCCAAAACUUCCAAGGAUGUUUGACUUCAAGUUUAUUUAAGUUUUAACUCAUCUGACCGUUUGGUAAAAUUGAGGAUAGGGCUGUCACAUCUUUUUUGCUGCUUUUCAUAUUUUAAAAAAUCAAGAACAUGAAAAGUUUUAUAGCAGCAACAGACUUGGAGUACAAAGAUAAUUUCUGUUUGACUAUGAAAAACUAGAACUUGCAUCUUUUAAGAGUACAAAUGUGUGAGUACUGACUUUGUUUUUGUUUUUUUUCUGUGUGUGUACGUGCGUAUGUGUGUGUCAGGUGUCUGUGGUCUCAUCGUUCCUCAGGAAGACAUGCCGUUCUGCGACUCCGGCAUCUGUCCAGACAUUAUCAUGAACCCUCAUGGAUAUCCCUCCAGAAUGACGGUACGAGUUUUGGCAUUUUGUGGAGGGAACUUUUUGACAGCUCAUUCACAGAUUCAUCUUUCGAGUAUUCAAUUAACAAACACUUCAAACGUUAGAUUUAAAGGAUGCCAGAAAAGAGGCCGUGGUUUAUUUGGAUGUCAUGGCACACACCCCAACUGCAGAGGCUGGGGUUGUCUUUGCUUCAGCCCAGGAUCUGGUUUAGUCUCUACACCCUUUUGCUGUGUAAUUUCAGCUGUUAAGUUGCGAUGUUCAAAUCCUUAAAAUUGAAAAUUCCGUAUUUUUACACCCAAACUUGUAACUUUAAACAUUUAUCUGUGAACUAACUUUGACUCUCUUCAUGAGUUUGUCUCACUCCCCUGAGACAAUACCCCUCAUUAUCCACACUCCUCUCCUCUCUGGGUUAUCAUUGGCUUCCAGAGCACACGUCCAUUGACUCUGUUAAGCAGCAAUCUUACUGUUCUCAAACAGAUAUUUGUUGCCGUGGAGACGGCCGCCCGUAGCAGUGUGUGGAAGUUUUAUCAAACGUGCACAGUACAUCUGAAGUGCAGGAUGGUGCAGAAUGAGAAUGACAUGAAACUUGGCUCCGUUUCUGCCCUCUUUUUGUCCUUUUAACUGUAAAAACUUGAACCAUCUUUACUGCUGAAGUUGUCAGCGUGUUUACUCUGCGGUUGUCAUGGAAAACACUCAGAAAUGUUUGGCUCGGGAGGAUGUUUCUGUGGCCUGAGAGUAGGUGUUUCCUUUUAUGUGCGGGGUCAGGGGUCGUCUGAAUGCGACCUCGGUGGAAUUGUUGAAAUGUGUCAUCCUUGGACUGCCGGUCCCAUCCCGAGGGUUGAAGGUAUAAUCUAAUUUCACCCUAAAUCACCACAUUUGGUGCCAGGAAAGAGAGUAGAUCAUUACAAGCUCCACUCUGGUGCCCCCUCUGUUGCUUCACUGGUCAAAAUACAGCCCCACAUUUGUCUUUUAUCUCACUGUCUGUCUCGAUUCUUCCACAAGGUGCUGUUGGUUCAGGACAGCUUUGAUUGCAGCCUAGGUCCUCCAUUUUUUUAGAAACUCGUCAUUGUGUUAGUUUACUGAGGCUGAGAGUGCCAUGCAAUGGUCAGGUAACGAUGAGAGCACCCUAUACUGGAUCAGACCCUCUGAACUGCUUCAGAGGGCUUGCUCAUUGAUGAAUCAAAAUGGCUCAUUAUGCUUCAAAUAUGAGGUUUUACCCCUCUAAAUUUACCUAGACUUGUCUGAGAUUGAUGUCCCUCCAAAUACUGAGCAAUCAUUCCUCCAGUAGGUACAGAAAAUAACAUCUAAAUCAAACCGACAUCUUCACCUAGUUUCAGCUUUACUCUGUGGCAGAAGGGUCAGGGUCCACAUUUCUGUGCAUGUCCAUGAGAUUGAGAAUAACAAGUAAAUAAAAGAUAAACCGAGUGGUUGUGGAUUAUGUUAAUGUGUCACCUUUGUUCAAAGAUUUAACUGUGGUUUUAACUGUAACAUGGCUGGUGUGUUUCUGUGGUUUUAUUCUGUCUUUAGGUGGGAAAGCUGAUAGAGCUGCUGGCUGGAAAAGCCGGGGUCCUGGACGGACGGUUCCACUACGGUACGGCCUUUGGAGGCAGUAAAGUGAAGGACGUGUGUGAAGAUCUCAUCCGUUAUGGAUACAACUACCAAGGCAAAGAUUACGUUACAUCAGGAAUCACCGGGUAAUCAGGAGAUCAUGUUUAACCCCAUGUUUUAAAAAUAACUCAUGCACACCUUGUUGGUUUGAAAAACACCGUAUUUAUUGACUUUACCCUUGAUUUCUUACUUCACACUAUAAUCUAGCUUGUGUAUAAAAAAGCAUUAUAAGAGAGGUCGUAUCUGGUCCUCUUAAAUUAAACCUCCUGUUUUGAGUUUUUAUCUCCUUAUGAAUCAAACUGAAAUGAACCCUGAUGCCUCUUUAUGACCCACAAAAGCAGGUGAAACCAUCGGGGACAGGAUUGAUUACCUCUGUAUAAUUAUUUGGUCAAACACUUCAAAUAAGCAGAAACAGAGAGGCCCUGCAAACACUGGUGUGAAAAGAUGUAACACACCAAUAAAUGUUCGGUGCUUUAUGGAUGUUUUAUCUGUUUUUGCUGCUUUAUUAUCAUCAUCAGGGAACCUCUGGAGGCUUACAUCUAUUUUGGUCCAGUGUAUUACCAGAAGCUGAAGCACAUGGUCCUCGAUAAAAUGCACGCCAGAGCUCGAGGGCCCAGAGCUGUUCUCACCAGGUAAACAAAAUGCAGCUGAAGUUUGUUUGGUUGUUUGUUUGGCUGGUUUAGGAUCUUUUUUGCACUUUAGAAACAGAAGAAGUAAAUUUUUUCAACUUUCAAACAGAGCAGGUCUAGUAUCAAACUGCUCCCCAUUUUAUUUGCGCCUGUCCCUGCUAUCAGACAGCCAACUGAGGGCCGCUCCAGAGAUGGAGGUCUACGUCUGGGCGAGAUGGAGCGCGACUGUCUGAUCGGCUACGGAGCGAGCAUGUUACUGCUGGAGCGCCUUAUGAUCUCCAGCGAUGCCUUCGAGGUGGACGUGUGUGGACAGUGCGGCCUUUUGGGAUACUCUGGGUGGUGAGUGGAGCAGCAGAUCCUCUUGACAAGCUGAAGAUUAAUCAGUGAGAAUAUUAUCAGGUUUAACUAAAGAGGAACCAUAUCAUCCAAAAAGUGUGUUUUAACGUUGCCUGUUUCGGCCUGGGCCUGGGUGACACUAGCAAAAGUUAAGUAUGUUGUUGAAGCACAGCAAAGCAGAUUUUACACAGUUUAGAGUCGGGAUAAUAAAGUCAGAAUUCCCUCAGUAACACCAGAAUCAGAGACUUUUCUAUCAGGAUGGACCUACAGUAUAUUUCGUCUCCAGUCUGAUUCUCAGUUUUCUGUUUUCCAGGUGUCACUACUGUAAGUCCUCCUGCCACGUGUCUUCACUGCGUAUCCCGUACGCCUGCAAGCUGCUGUUCCAGGAGCUGCAGUCCAUGAACAUCAUCCCCCGUCUCAAACUCUCGCGCUAUAACGAGUGAAGAGGACAGGGAGAGAAAGAAAGCCUGUGAGUGAGAGGAUCAGAGGUAGAGCUGUUGUAAGAGGUCUGAAAGUGAAGGUUUUGUGGAGCUAUCAGAGGUGUAAGUAAGUUAAAAACGUUUUAUGGAAGAAUUUGGCUUUUGUUGGUAUUCUCAGAGCAAAAAACUAACUUUUUGUUGAUACUUUCUUAUAAUUUUGCUCUUUGUAAAUGUGUAUAAUAAACACAGAACAGUUAUUUGAUUUUCA